GUAAGCAAGCAAGCAACAAGACAUACAUUCUGACGACCCAACUUACUUGACAUUUCAGAACUUGCAAGAUAUUCAUAUAAUUCAAUAAAAAUGGCGGUACAUAUCGAAUCUUCUAUGCAGUUUAGCAAAUUGCUGGGCUCAUCAACUAUAGUUGUUUCCGAUUUUUAUGCGGACUGGUGCGGACCCUGCAAAGCCAUCGCUCCAACCUAUGAAUCUUUAGCUACCAAGCACUCGAAGCCAAAUCGUGUUACAUUUACGAAAGUUAAUGUAGACAAUCAGCAGUCCAUAGCUCAGCGAUAUGGAGUUAGAGCUAUGCCAACCUUCCUCAUCUUUCGAUCCGGCGCUGUCAUCGAAACCAUUCAAGGCGCAGAUGUUCGUAAGCUCACGACCGCCAUCGAGAACGCUGUGAAACUUGCUGGUGCACCAAAGCCAUCCUUUUCCAGCCCAGGACAAACACUGGGCGGAUCUGCCCCUACGCGCUCCACGAUAACCAGACAAUUCAGUUUUGAUAGGCUACUCCACGAUAUUAUUGCAUUUUUCGGACUCUACCUCUAUUCCCUGUUCUCAUUUGAUGCAUAUACUGCAGCAGAGAACUCGCCAUUCAACAUUCACAAGGUCCCUGCUGCACCGGCGGCAAAAACGCCCGGUGGAAGAACUGGAGCAUCUACUCAGGUCGGAAAGAAACUAGGGACUAUCGCUGAUAUAGCGGGCAAAGACUGAAUGACAUGCGUGGAGUUUACUAGGCGCUAUUUGGGUGUCGUAACUUUUUGUAUUAUCUUUCUGCCCGAACUCCCUCGUGGCUAUUCUCGGUGCAAUCACAAUAAUUGAACAAAAAUAUACUGAAAAAUGAUAUCCUGCCA